AUGAAGUCGGCGAAGUUGGCAGAGGCGAGGGAAAAGUUGGCCGAAAGGUGGGGAAAGGGUAGCAAUGCCCACGGCAAGUUAGGUAAAGUCACGUGUUACUCGGGGCGCGACAAUGGUUCUUUUCGGCCUUUGCUGCAAGGAUUUGACGCGCCGAUUCAGGCUCGCGCGCACGGACCCUUUCUCCCCCGUGGAUGCUAUAGCUGUGCUUCCCACACACGCGGGCUCACGGGCGGUACUCGCAACGCACGUUCCCUUUUUAGGCCUUCACUGCGUUGUCGACGUUUCCCCCCCGUGGAUGCUAUAGCUGUGCUUCCCACACGCGGGCUCACGGGCGGCACUCGCAACGCACGUUCCCUUUCGGGCCCUUCACUGCGUUGUCGACGUUUCCUCACCAGCUUCUGCGGCUGCGUUCACCACCUGUAGGGACAGGUGCGUUCCUCACUCCCAAGACUACCUCCCAGCUGACGAGGUCGCUGAUCGAGAGUUCCAUCUUGCCGGACGUUCACAGCUGCUAGCAGCUCGUUAUGAAACCCUCGACGUGGCUCGCUUAGAGUAGCUCGGGGUAAGUGCUUCGAUACACCCAAGCUUGUUGCACGGUGUACUUUGCACUUGGAUCCCUGCAAAUUCUUUGUGGGGGCAUUUUGCUCCGGGCCCUUGUUGGGCAACGAGCUAAAUCGCAUAUCUCUCAGCAGACCCUUUGCCGUCCUUUGCACCAACCGCGCCCCAACUGUCUUUAUACAGUGUCUUGCCUUUGUCGCAAAGGUAUGCUGAGACGAUCAGUGGACUUGCUCCAUCAUCAGUUGCAGCCGACUGACAUCCAGAAGCUUGGGUCGCAAAGCUCCCAUUUGUCAUCCCGCCCACCAUCCCUGUGUAUCACCAAGAAGUUCGGCCCACUCUCUGCCGUUUAGAUCAAUCUCUUGCGGUUUUCCCCAGAAGGCUGGGUUUUCACCGCUUGAGGUAUUUGUUUAACAACUCCUACACCACCAAUGUUGUCCUUCGUCUUGCUGCAACUCGAACCACUAUUCCGCUACGACUCGCGCGAGUGGUCAGGAGAGUCGAUCGGAUGAAGCUCUUUCUCAGCCCCCUACCCGUCUUGAAUUAUGCCCAACCAACACAAUUUAUUUCGCCACGUCACCGCGAGACCCGCGGUCAAUCGUUCAUCCAUUUCGAUGCCGUUCAGCAAACUUGA